AUGCCCGGCCGUGUCGCACGAGCAGGUCGCUCCUCCGCCAACAGCACAGUCUCGCGUAAAACCUCGACACAACAACUCAAGUCGGCCGGCCGCAACAGCUCUCCAACAACAGAUGUACCAGACGAAGGCGCCAACACGAGCCUACGACGCGCCAUAUGCACCGUCUUCGGCGACGCACAGAGGUCCACUGCCGGACACCGAAAGCUGGUGAUCAGCCUGCGCAAGAUCCAGGAGCAAUGCGCCUACGAGCCAGUGAGCUUGACCAAAGCAAAACACCAGGAGGACUUUGAAGAGGAAGACUUCAACAGCGAGGUGGUGCGAUGUGUUCUGCGUAUCUUGCCCGUACGCAAAGCAGAGCCUGCGGGAGACAGAGUGGUGCGCUUUCUGGGCACAUUCUUGAACUCUGCUGGCGGCAAGGACAACCAGAUCGCGAGCCAGAGCGAUCCUGACAGCGCAAGCCUGCCAGAGACGCCGACAUCAAGGCUGGUCUCGCAGAUACUCAACACCCUUCUUCAGCUGCUCACGACCAAGGACAAGGUGAUAAGGUUCCGGGCGACGCAAAUCACAAGCCAUAUCAUCAACAGUCUGGACACACUGGACGACACGCUAUUCCACCAAUUAAGAUACGCGUUGCUGAAGCGGAUACACGACAAGGAGUCAAUGGUGAGGCUGCAGGCAGUCUAUGGGCUAGGUCGGCUUGCAGCAGAAGUGGAAGAUGAGGACAAGGGCGAAGACUCCGAUUCUGAGGACGACGUGGGAAGAGGCGUUUUGGAGAAACUGUUGGUGGUGCUGCAGAAUGACCCUGCUGCAGAGGUGAGGCGGAACCUGCUCCUCAACCUACCUCUGACGAAGGAGGUUUUGCCAUAUCUUCUCGAACGAGCGCGCGAUUCAGACGGUGCAACGCGACGAGCGUUGUAUGCGCGGUUAUUACCAGCCCUCGGGGACUUUAGACAUCUGAGCUUGACGCAUCGCGAGAAGCUGUUGAGAUGGGGAUUACGUGAUCGUGACGAGAGCGUGCGAAAGGCGACCGCCCGUCUCUUCCACGAGCGGUGGAUCGAAGACUGUGCUGCGCUACCGGCUGCGCAGGCCGCUGAGGAGACAGAGGGCGAGGGCGAAGGUGCACAGAAGCCUACCAACCAAGCUGCAGACCCUUCUCUUGAUGCUCUGCUGGAACUACUUGAGCGUAUCGAUGUCGUCAACUCAGGCACAGAAGGCGGCAUUGCUCUGACCGCUAUGGGCGAGUUUUGGGACGGUCGACCAGACUACGUCGAGUACGUUUCCUUCCCCGACACCUUCUGGGAAGACCUCAAUCCUGAGCUUGCUUUCGUUGCACGUACCUUCAACGGCUUCUGCCGCUUCAGUAAAGACCCUCAGUAUGCCGGACACCGCAACUUAAAUACACUGGUCGAAGAGAAACUGCCCGAGGUCACCAAAUUUGGCUACUUCCUGGAGCGCGAACUGAACAAACUUGUCGAGACCAUGCACGCCGCAGCAACUGGCGAAGAUGAGGAUGCAGAGGAGGAUGCAGCGCAGAAGGAGUUCAUCGUGGAGCAACUGCUGCACAUGGCUCUGACGUUCGACUACUCAGACGAAGUGGGCCGACGCAAAAUGUUCGGCCUCAUGCGUGAAGCACUCGCCUUACCCGACUUGCCAGAAGAAUCAACAAGGCUGGUGGCGGAAGUCUUGCGCCUUGUGUGCGGCGAAGAUGCAAAAGGCGAGCGCGAGUUCUGUGGGAUUGUGCUGGAAGCUAUCGCCGAAGUCCAUGAUACUAUCCUGGGCGAGGACGAAGAGACAGCGCAAGACACCUCAAGCGUGGACGAGUCUUUCCAUUCCGCUACGGAGUACGCCGAAGAUGAAAACGGCGAUACUGUCGCCAAGUCGAAGUCCAAGAAGAAGAGCGGCGAAGAGCUGAGUCCAGAGGAGGCUGAGGAGAAGGCGGUCAAGGAGAUCAUGGUCAAUAUGAAGUGCUUGCACAUCGCCCUGUGUAUGCUGCAGAAUGUCGGGUGUGACCUAGAGCAGAACACGCACCUUGUGAUGAUGCUUAACAAUCUCAUAGUUCCUGCCGUGAGGAGCCAAGAGGCGCCCAUUCGGGAGAGAGGUCUGUUGUGUUUGGGCUUGUGCUGUCUGCUUGGAAGGAACCUCGCAGAGGAGAACCUCACCCUCUUCCUCCACUGCUUCACCAAAGGUCACCCAGCCCUCCAAACCAUCGCCCUUCAAAUCAUCGCCGACAUCCUCAUCACUCACCCAACUCUCCUCGCCGAACCCAACAUCGACGCUAGCACAACCACCGAGCAGCCCGAAACCAACCCCCUCCUCAAACCCGUCCUCAAAGUCUUCUCCAAAUCUCUCAAAUCCGACGACCCUUCCGUCCAAUCCACCGGCGCCACUGCCCUCUCCAAAACAAUGCUCAGUCGACUCAUUACGGACGCUGACCUCUUGAAACAACUCGUCGUGGCUUACUUCGACCCUGACACCAGCACCAACGCCCAGCUGAACCAGAGUCUGAGCUACUUCUUACCAGUAUACUGCCAUAGCCGCGCCGAGAACGCGCAUCGCAUGGUCCGCAUCGCACCUUCUGUAAUCGCCAAGCUCGUCGUGAUCCGUGAAAACCUGCUCGACGAGGCGGAUAUCGACGACGAUAGCAGCGAGGGGAUGGUCAAGCUAGGCACUGUCGGUCAAAUGCUACUCGACUGGACGGACCCGCGCAAAAUCGUCGGGUUCGCCGAAGCAGCUGGCACGACCGCUACCGCCGACGGAGCGGGUGAGACGCAGUAUCUCCUCGUCGAACGCCUCCUCGAUCGCAUGAACUCGAAUCAAGUCUCCAAGGACGAGAAGAAAGUCCUGUUCUCCAUUAUAGGCAAAGUACAUCUGCCAAACGGCGCAUGCUCGCCAGACUUGUUGAAGGAGUGUUGCUCCGAGGUCGCGGUUGCUUAUGAGCAGGGUCUGGCGACGGAUGUGACGUCGAGGAAUGUGCUGAAGAAGUUGCAGAAUCUGCUGAUGGAACAAAUGAACUCUGUCAUGGCGGCGGAGCGAGGUGGUGGUGGGGCGGAGGAGACGGUUUUGGAGACGACUGAGCUGCCUGUCGAUGCUGGUGCUGAGCCUACUGAGCCGGAGCUUGAGGAGACGGAAGGCGACAUCAUGGCCGGGUUCAAGGAAGGCGAGACGGCGGCGGCGGAGGAGGUGGAUGAUGAAAGCGAUGUUACAGAGGUGCAGAAGACGUUACGGGAUACCACGCUUGGAGCUACGGGUUUUGGGCAGACGACUAUUGGGGCGCCGGAUGCGGAGGGGACGAGGGUGGUGUUGGGGGAUGGGGAUACGGAGAUGAUGGAUGUGGAUGAUGAGUAUACGGAGGUGUAG